UUCAACGUCCUCAGGGGUCUCUCUUACAACAAGAAAGUCAUCAAGCCAACUACUUUCCUCGAGUGCACAGGCGAUCCCUCCGAACACCUGAAGCGAGUCAUCCCUCAACUCCCUGACACAAGCACACUCUCAGGAUUCCGCCUCCCUGAAAGUCUCACUCCGACGAAGCUGCAGCUGUCCUGUCCCCACUCCAACUGGAUCGACGUGUUUCCCUUUCCGAAGAUGAGGGACAAUCUGAUUCGGUGGGAGAAUUACUUCAGCCAUGCGGAGUUUCUGACGGACCUGCUGGGGAAUCUAAUUAAUUGCAUGACCGCUCCGCCACCCAAGACCACGCACGCGCUGCCAAGUUCAGGGACCCAGGCUGCGGCUCAAGGGGGGGAUGAGGAUGUUCCGAGUGACCGCAGGGGGUUGAUUCUGUGGGGGGAACCGUUCCACAAGGAUAGCUGGGAGGUGACGCCGGGAUUUCUGAGGAAGUGGUCGUGGGUAGUUGAUGGAUGUGGUGAGUUGAUUGAGUCGACCAAUCGGUGGAGGACAGCGAGGGGAGAGACGCCGCUACGGAUGGCGGUGAUG